AUGCCUGCAAAAACAGUCAUUAAUGUCCUGUGUAUCACAGCGGUUAGAAAGCCACUUAAACUGUGUUGCAAUCAGACAGCUAAACGAGGUAUUAUUGAUGUUGUGGCAAUAAAUGUCACAUAUAGCAUACAAGUGGCAGCAUAUACCAGCGCUGGAAUUGGACCUUAUAGUGAUCCAACAAACGUGUUCGUUGGGAGCAAUGGUGAGAUAAUACUUUCACCGUCCUCAACUACUGUAGCUGCUGAUGGCAGUAAUACUGAGAAUUCCCUUAUGGUGCUAAUUGGAAUUAUUUGUGUCAGCGGCAUAAUUAUUUCAGUUGCAUUCAUAUAUGCAGCUAUGAAAAAGCGGAUGACCGAGACAAAGUUUGGGAAUGCAUUCAGUGAUGGAGAACUCUCUGAACCAACUGUCCACUACAGAGCAAGGAAAACCUAUUUACGGAGAGCAGUUGAGGUUACACUAGAUAAUUUGGGAAUCCGUGCAGAAUUGAAAGAGAAGCUCCAGGAUGUAAUGAUUGACAGGAAGCUAUUGACUCUGGGUAAAGUUCUGGGAGAAGGAGAAUUUGGCUCUGUAAUGGAAGGACACGUUCAACAGGCUGAUGGUACCAGUCAGAAAGUAGCUGUUAAAACCAUGAAAUUGGACAACUUCUCACAAAGGGAGAUUGAAGAGUUCCUGAGUGAAGCAGCUUGCAUGAAAGAUUUUGAUCAUCCAAAUGUCAUUAAAUUGUUAGCUGUUUGCUUGGAGAUGAGUUCGAGGGAACCAAUUCCAAAACCAAUGGUCAUCCUCCCAUUUAUGAAAUAUGGGGAUUUGCACAGCUUCCUACUGCGCUCGAGGCUCGAAGAAAAUGCUGAUUAUUUUCCACAACAGACAUUGCUAAAAUUCAUGAUCGACAUUGCCAGUGGAAUGGAAUACCUCAGCAACAGGAAUUUCCUGCACAGGGAUCUAGCAGCCAGAAACUGCAUGUUACGUACUGAUAUGACAGUAUGUGUGGCGGAUUUUGGCUUAUCCAAGAAGAUUUACAGUGGGGACUAUUACAGACAGGGGCGGAUUGCGAAGAUGCCAGUAAAAUGGAUUGCUCUUGAGAGCCUUGCUGAUCGAGUUUUCACAAUUAAAAGUGACGUGUGGGCAUUUGGAGUUACAAUGUGGGAAAUAGUUACACGAGGGAUGACCCCUUACCCAGGAAUACCGAAUCAUGAAAUUUAUGACUAUCUGCAUGGGGGCCACAGGUUGAAACAGCCUUCUGACUGCCUGGAUGAGCUGUAUGAAAUUAUGUACUCCUGUUGGCGAAGUGAUCCUGCAGACCGGCCAACAUUUACCGACUUAAAAGUGUUUCUCACCAAGUUUUUAGAGAGUAUGCCUAAAAUUCGAAGCAAAGAAGAAAUCAUUUAUGUCAAUACAGGUAACCCUGAAGAGCAGAUUGUUCUGACUGAAGAGCCUACCUUUUCCAAUCUGCACCCAUGCGAUUCCAAUGAAACAGAACCCUGCAGUCUAAGGCCUGCAGAAACUACUGUCACUGUGGAAAUCCAUGAAGCCAUGGAAGCAGAAGACAGAUACGUCAUAUCUGGGGUAUCUGAAGAACAGUUGAACACGUUAGAUGCAAAAACACCUUUGUUGCCUGGAGUGAGCCAAAGUAACGGGACAACAUCCCUUGAAACUAGACCCCACUCUGAGGAUAUUCCUUACGCUGAUGAUUCAUCUGAUGACUCUGUUAUAAUGCUGUAAAGGACUGCUCAUGAGCUUUGUGACAAUUCUGCCUGUUGCUGGACAGAUCGAAAGUACUGCCAGAUCCAAAUAUGUAUUUGUACAUUUUGUUUUAAGAAAGUAAUCAACAAAUUUUGAUACUUUGACGAAAUUCACCAGUAUGUUUUUUAUUCAGUUGUUAACUCAUCUGAAAGCAGUCUUCCCACCAGUCCAAUGUUUGGGUCUUGGUGAUAAAUCAGGGAUCAUUUUGAAGAUUUGUAUAUUUGUACACAAUUACUUUCUAGUUCUGAGGAUUUCCAGGGCAUUGUAAGAAUUGAUAGAGUAUUUGAACUGUCUAACAAAUAUUUUUAUACUUAACUAUUGGAGGCCUUAAAAUAUGAAUUAUUUUUUCCCAUUUAUAACUGUCUCCACAUCAAUUGAUGAGGGCCCGAAUUGAAUAAAGCAGUGUUCAUUUCACAUGACGAUAUCAUAGGGAAAGACUAUCCAGCCUGUUCUCGUUCAUUGCUCGUGGUGAAAUCCUGGUUCCUGUUAUUCCUUUCACUUGCAAAGAACAUAUUUCAAUGUUCUCCCAAGGUAUUUGCCUCACUGAUCCAUGUGGAAAUCGUUUCCAAGUGUAUUAUUUGAGUGAGGAACAAAGUCCUGAUACCACUCCUGAGUUUGCUUUUAAGUAUUAUAUGACAAGUCUUAGAUUUUUGAAAUUACAUUCUGAUAUUUGAUGUUCAUUGGUAUGUUUCAUGUAUACUUAAUGUUUUAGAUCCGGAUCACUUUAUUUCCUCAAAGUUCAUUGGACUGUCCAAUCACUGGUGACAAUCCAUUAUCUGCUGGUUAACAAAUAGUUAAAUGGGUGGUCUCGUGAAAAUACUAAAGAACCUUAAUUCACAAAA